AUGAUCGAACUAGGAUUGAGCCGGGUCGCAAGUCUGCUUCAGCAGACUCCGCUCACAUGGAAGGCCAUUCACAUUGCUGGAACCAAUGGCAAAGGCUCUAUCAGCGCCUACCUAUCUCAUCUGCUAUCUACCGGCGGAGUGCGUUGUGGAAGAUUCACUUCCCCGCAUUUGAUCGAUCGAUGGGACUGCAUUACAAUCGGAGAGAAGGUGGUUCAGGAAUCACUGUUUCGACAAAUUGAAGACAAAGUCAAACUACGAGACCAAACACUAGGUAUCGGAGCCUCCGAAUUCGAGCUAUUGACCGCAACGGCCUUCGAGAUAUUCAACCACGAGCGUGUCGAAGUGGGCGUCGUUGAGGUGGGAAUGGGAGGGCGUCUUGAUGCUACCAAUGUCUUGAAUAAUGUUCUUGUGUCGGUAAUAUCAAAGAUUGGGAUGGAUCACCAAGCUUUCCUUGGAUCCACGAUCGGGGAGAUCGCGCGUGAAAAAGCGGGGAUCCUGAAGCCUGGAGUUCCUUGCGUAGUGGACAACACAAAUGAUGCAGAAGUGAUCGAAACUGUGAAGAGUCAUAUCCAGGAAUUGGGGAUUAAUUCAUCAUUUGUCUCUCCUGUGCAGUGUGCCGAGCUUGCGCCUUUCUUUAAGGAUUUGGAUCUAGAGCCCCACCAACAGCAGAAUAUGUGCUGUGCCGUGUCCGCCCUCAACCUUGCCCUACCCCAGUUGAAACCUCAAAUGGGGACUGCGGAUGUUUUCUCGCUACUCCCACGUCUUGCCGAUGUGAGAUGGCCAGGCCGUUUGCAAAAUCUUAGCCUUCGCCCUCUCAUUGAUCGCACAGCCCCUAUUUUACUUGAUGGUGCUCACAAUGCGCAGUCUGCUGAAGUUCUCGGCAAGUAUGUUGACCGCAGGAUGCGUUCUCUAGAAAAACCUGUUACCUGGGUCGUUGCUGCGUCGAGUGGAAAAGACCUGGCUGGAGUCUUUGGCUCCAUUAUCCGCCCCCAGGACCGUGUAGCCACCACAGAGUUUGGUCCCGUCGAUGGGAUGCCCUGGGUGCAGUCAACCGAUGCAGCAGAGCUUGCCUCUUCCAUUCAGUCUAUCCAAGAUCUUAGAGAGGUGCAGAGUUUCGGAGGCGAUUUACUCUCUGCUAUCCGAUGGGCCAGCGGUGAGGCCCAAGGAGGGCCUCUUGUCAUCGCUGGGAGCUUGUAUCUGGUCUCUGAUGUGCUGCGCCUGCUCCGCGAGUCCCAAAAGUGA